AUGUCGUCUACACCCGCCUUCGUCCGUAUUAAUACGCUUAUCCAAUGUAAGGAAAAGCCUUAUACCGAUCCCGCUACAAAGUUUUUUAAUAUAAUCGAAACUAUAUUAGGUCUCAAUCGGCUUCCUUUAAUUUUCACUAAAUACAUAAUUGCACUUCAUUUCAUUCACUCGCUUGAAUUACAUUAUUAUGGACACCUCCUUAGUCUGCUCAUGGCGAGAUUGUUUCUGAUCAACUAUUACACGGAGUCACCUUUAUCGGAUAUAAAAAUUACAAAGCGACCAAAAGUAGAAGAAUUCGCUUAUUAUAAAUAUAAAAAUAUAACAAAUAGCGAAAUAAAGAAACUGAUGGACCUCUAUCAUAUUAUUAUUAAAGCUUAUGACGUUUUGGUUGAAGCUAUCAAGUGGCAGUUACUGGUGAUAAUAAUAACAUCUUUCUUAUCAAUUCUGUGGCUAGCUUAUCAAGUUUCUUUGAGCAUCAUCAGAAAUUCAGACCCGCUGGUGGAUAUAAUUACCGAUGUAGGGUUGACCAUAACCAAGUUGUUACCAUUGUUCUCACCUUGCGUGUUUGGCGAUCGAGUUCAUGGUGAGGUGAGAAGAUUGCGAGAACUACUUGCUUCGAGGUUGUACGAGAAUAAACUAGAUAAGUCGAGUCGCAGCACAGCCAGAGCCCUCAUCGCCUUGACCGAAGCACGAGACCUGUCAUUCUCACUCCUGCGCAUGUUGGAUAUAGAUGUAUCCUUCCCUUUCAAGUUUAUGGGAUUGUUACUCACAUAUCUCAUCAUACUAUUGCAGUUUGAGAAGGUUAUCAAUCCAUAA